CAAAGCUGAAGGGCGCACGCGCAGUCCUGUAUUCAGCAUGGCGAGCAAGGUUCCUAAUACCCCUAAGGACCUUUCGUUUGACAACAUCAUUGAGGACGUAUCAAUAAACCCAAAGAAAGAUGUGAUUGCUGCUGCUCAUAUAGAUGGCGAGGUCACUCUCCAUUCUUUUUCCUCCACAGAAAGCAACCACCUUCUCAUGACCUUAAACCAUCACAAAAAAGCCUGCCGUAAACUCAAGUUCUCUACCAGUGGUGAAAGACUGUACACAGCAAGUAAAGACAAAUCACUGCAGAUAAUUGACCUAAACCAUGGGAAGGUGUUCCACAAAUUCAUGAAGGCACAUGAAGCUCCAAUCUACAGUUUAUUAGUGAUCGAUGACUACCAGCUUGUGUCUGGUGACGAUGACGGUACAGUCAAAGUCUGGGACCUCCGACACAAGGAUGCCAUCAUGGAAUUCAAAGAAAACGAAGAAUUUAUCAGCGACCUUUAUAUUGAUCAACAGAAGAAAAUACUUCUAGCCACAAGUGGAGAAGGAACACUCACAGCAUUUAACAUCCGGAAAAAGAGGAUGGAGUUACAGUCAGAAUCAUUCGAUGCAGAACUCUUGUCUUUAGCAGUCGUGAAACGUGGUAACAAAGUAGUUUGUGGAACCGGAGAAGGAGUUCUGAGCUUCUUUAACUGGGGUGAAUGGGGCAACAUCAGCGAUCGCUUCCCAGGACACCCAAUGUCAAUAGACUGCAUGGUUCCCAUCACGGAGGAUAUCAUCUGUACUGGCUCAAUGGAUGGAAUGAUCAGAGCUGUAAACAUCUUACCAAACCGUUUCAUCGGAGUUGUUGGACAGCAUGAUGGCUUUCCAAUAGAGAAUAUGUGCAUCUCUCAAGAUAAGACACUGUUAGCAAGCUGCUCACACGAUCAGAAAAUAAAAUUCUGGAACUUAGAAAAUGUCAAAAAGGAAAAAAUAGAUCAGACACGGAAGGCUAAGAAGAGUAAUAAGACCAAGACAUUGAAUACAUCGGCCGUGAAUAGUAACUUUUUUGCUGAUUUGGAGGAGAGGACAGAUGAGAAAGUUAAUGAUUGUGAUAAUGACAGUGAUGAUGAUGAUGAUGAAAGUGAUAGUGAUGAGGACACUGAUGAUGAAGGUGGAGUGGAGUGUAAGGAGAAGGCUAAUGGUGACGAUGAGAAUGAUUCAGGAAGUGACAGUGAGGAUAAUGAUGAUGAUGAUGAUGAUGAUGAUGAUGAUAGUGACAAUGAAGAGGGGGAGGAAGAUUGAUGGUGUAUUGUAUUAUAAACUUGCCUUGGUUGUGCACGAUGGUCAUUCUCUAUCAUGGCCAUAUGUGUGAUGGACACACUCUAUCAUUGACAAAGACCACUCCCACACCCUUUGCUCCAAUGGACGGUUAUGCAAACCUUGGAGGACAUCAGAACUGUCUUUGGUUGUUCUUUACUCUUGCAAACCAGACCAGUUUGAAUUACAAACUUGUACUUUAUGUUUAGCAGAAUCAUCACCUGGGAUGUCCCGGUUUCAUGUGCAAGGACUGGGUGUACAGUACCUAUUGUUGUAUACCACCAGUAUUAGGCUAAAUCUAAGUUAGUAACUUUCAUUGGGAACCAGGGAUAAGGUCUGUAACAGUUUGCAUUUAAUGAUUCACAAGGCUGUGUUCCUGUGCCAUGUACAUGUACAUGUACUAGCAUUGCCUUGUAUAGAUACAUAUAUCAGCAUCUUAUAAGGCAAACAUCAAAAACCUGUUUAUUGUUGAUGAAAUAUAAAUGAUUAUAUGUUCGAUAUUCUUGUA